UCGCUACAGGAGUUACUUACGAGGUCUCUCCAUCUGUGUCACUGUGCUGCUGAUGGCGUCCGGCCUGGUGAUGAUCGGCGUCGGCUUUUCCUCCAUCGACGGAAACAUACCGGUCGCCAAGCUGUUCGAGCAGCUCUCCAGCAGCGAUGGUCUGAAGCUGCUUCAGGGAUUUGGACCAAUCACAGUCAUCCUGUCUGUGUUAGGAGUGUGUGCUGCUGCUCUGGACCUGAAGACACUGCUGCUGGUGUUCUCCGCUCUGAUCUUCGUGGAGUUUGUGGCUCUGAUGGUCGUCGCCUCUCCGCUGGUCCAGGUUCAGGCUCAGAUGGACGGCGCUGUUGACGAGGUGUUCCUGAACGUCACGCCGCUGUACAGAACAGAGAGUUACAUUCAGGGGGAACUGAGCAAACUGCAGUUCUCUGACUCUUGUUGUGGUUUGAGGAGUUUUGAGGACUGGGACAAUCAACUUCCUGUUUCCUGCUUCUGCACACCGCCCGCCGCCGACCAGCUGCUAGACAACUCCUGUGUGAUGGUGGAGAGCGACCUCCGAACUCCACCUCCACUCUGGGUUCACUCCGAGCCCUGCGGUCCGAUCCUGAAGAGUUACCUGAGCUUUCCCAUCAAACUGAGGAUAGGAAUCAUUUCAGCCGUCGCCACCCUCACGAUGGCGGCCAUUGCUCUGUGUCUGACGUUGGGUCUGGAGCAAUAUUGGAAGAAGCCUCCGGUGGAAACUACAGUCGACGACUUCAACCGAGUGAAAUACCAACCAAAACCCUCCCUGACCUGACCUUUAACCCCUCCGUAAAUCUACACCAGGCACUCUUUCUAGAUCAGAAUUUCUUUUAAAACCCACCAUAUUUAUAUUUGACAUGAUGCACAUUUUAAGUAGAGAAUAUUCAGAUUUUUGUGUGACUAUUUGUGAGAAAUGAUCCCAGAUGAUAGGGCUGCUGUGAGACUUUAAAUAAAGAAGGAGCGGCAGCGUGUUAUAAAUAAAGUUUAUUUUAUAAA